AUGGCCACAACCAACCCCAUGCUCUACCAAUACCCGACUUCGCCUCAGCUCGGCAACCCGCAAACGUACCAGAUGCUCGAUAUGUCCAUGUCCACAUACCCGGAUGAGCAGACGAUUUUCGACCCUCAUCAACAACCCCGUUUCCCCAAUACUGUUCGUAGCCUGUCCCCGCCGGUGACGUCGGCAUCGGCUCAAUCUUCUGAAACUCUAGUCACUCCGUCGACAGCACUACCGUCGGACCGGAUGAUGAACUCACUUGCCUGUCUGGGCCGUCAGAAGGAGGUGACGUUGGGUCUCCUGACGGCCCCAGCCCUGGUGCAGGGCUCCUUGCCUUUGCCUCCUGCAAAUGUCUGCAAAGCCAUUCCCGCCUACCUCGAGGUCUACUGGGACAAGUUCCACCACUCUUUCCCCAUUGUUCACAGGAGGACCUUUGAGGCCGCGGCGGAGCAGGUUGACGUGCUCCGUUGCGCCAUGGCUGCAGUCGCUACUCAGUAUAUGAGUGCCAAGGAGGAUCGCAUCAGGGGGAAUCAAUUGCAUGAGUAUGCCUGGCAACAAUCGAGACGCUUCCUCCAGUGGGAUGUACCUGUCAUGCAAGCGAUUCUGCUAUGUGAGCUUUUCGCACGGUUCCGCGGCCGACGUGCGGCCAUCAGGCCAUCGAAAGAAUUCGAGUCCAUCUACUCAAGGGUCUACGACAACGCCGUCAUAUUCGGGGCAAUCCCCCAGACAGGAUCCAACAGUGUCAGGUGGCACACUUGGCUCGAUACCGAGGCUCGCCGUCGCCUUCUUUCGGCCUGUUUUGUUUUGGACAUCCACAGUUCAGUCUACCUGGAGCAACAGCGUGUCCGUAGCUUCGACAUUGCCAAUGAUGGCAUGCCACCAAACAUCCCUCUCAUCGGCCCAACCCAGGACCUCUGGGACGCAGCAAGCGCAGAUGCAUGGGCAGCGAUGGUCUCGGCCAAGGGCGAUUGUUCCGAUAAACAAACGCUACUCUCCUUUAUCAACCCUGACACACUAUCGAGAACGAGCAUCAACACCCAUGGCCUCUUCGAUCGCGCAGUGAUUCUGGCUUUCGAGGCACUUCUACUCCCUACUCGCGAUGAUCCGGCGCAAAUGAAACCCUCAAGGGAAAUCUUGGAACCGAAGACCUUCCGCAUGGCUAACAUCUUCCCUGACUGCCCCGUGGCAAACACUUACCUUGCUCUGCACCAUACCCCGCUCCACGACCUGCUCGCCGUUUCCGGAGACAGUUGGAUCUUCAGCCAGAAGGUCCUGCAGAUCAAGUCCUUCGCCGAUCACCAGAAGCGGCUCAGGGAGUGGGGCGACUCUGGGGAAGCUGCCGUGGCCGUGGUCUUCGCCUGCCGCGCCCUCCGUGCCUUUACGGAGCACGGCAACGCCGAGCAGAAUCUGGAGGACUCCGACGACGACGACAUGGAUGCUUGGGAGAUGGGCCGACCCCGCAUGUGGAAGGACGACGUCUCGGAUUACUGGGGCAUGUACGUAUGUGCGCUCAUCUGCUGGGCUUAUGGGCACCGAGCGAGCCGCGGAGAUUCCGCCGAAGGUAGCGAGCUGGGUGAUUGUGACAGCACGGCAAUCCGGUGGAUCCGCACUGUUGCGAGCAUGCGGGCCAAGGAUGUCGCGAAGCUGCGCUCCAAAAAGGACGCCAUGCCUGUCGUGUCGCUCGUGCGGAGGUGGUUAGAAAUGGAUUGUCUUGGCGGGCGCACUCGAUUGUACGUCGACGCGGUAGGUGUGUUGCAGAAGUUAGAGGAAGGCAUCAACUGGAAGUGGUUCUAG